AAAUGAUAUAUGUGGAAAUCAUUGUUAUGAUUGUAGGCGCAUUUCUUGCUUUUUUCUUUGCACUUUGGUACAGUAGUUGUUUCGAAGACUUCAAAGACAGCUAUACCUAUAAUGAUAAACCUAGUCUGUUGUGCAUUUUUACAAAAGGAUUGAUUUUAAGCCUAAAAAGGAAGCAAGGUCGUCUCUACCGAGAAGGUGGCAAAUUUGGAUUGAGGCUCUCGAGCGUGGGCUCGAAAGACAGUACGGCGAAUAGCGUUUCGUCGACUGGCAUAAGGCCCAAACGAGCAAAUAUAGUGUUUAAGGAUUGUAGGUUGAACCCAGCUAAACUUCAGGAAUACCGGAAAGUUUGUGGAGAUACGGAGUCUGUUUCUGUCCCAUUAAUGUAUAUGGAAUGUUUGUUUACAAGGCCUUUGAUAACCUUGGCUGUAUCAUCUAAGAGCCAGUUGGCACCAUUGGGUCUAAUACACAUCAAGCAAACAGUAACCAUAUAUGAAAACCUGGAUGACCUCCUGACCUUGCCUUUUGACCUGGACACUGAGGUGAUGAGGUACAGAGAGGUUGACAGAGGUGUGGAGGCUGACAUCAGGCUGCAAGUGUUCAACAUGGCAGAGAAAUGUGUCUGGGAAGGGGAGACAACUCUGCUGUCCAGAAACCCCAAAGCUCAAAGAAGUGGAGGGCACAGAACUGCUCCUGUUAAGCCUGAGCAAGGUGGUUUUAACGAGGUAGAGCUAAGCGUCCCUGGGGACACAGGGAUCAGAUAUGCCAAAGCCACUGGGGACUGGAAUCCUCACCACCUCUACUCCUGGUCUGCCAAGCUCCUGGGGUACCGACAGCCCAUUGCCCACGGCAUGUGGACACUAGCCAAGGCACUAGCUGUUAUACAGAACUCAGGUGGUACCCUUACACUUCCGGUCCAUGUAGAUGCCAGCUUUAAGAGGCCACUGUUCAUGCCAGGUGUCUGUCUGGUCCAGUGCGGUGUCACAUCUCCAGCAGUGCGGUGGUUGCGUGUGGUUGACAAGGUUACUGGUGCCCCUCAUCUCAUUGCCACUGUGACUUUGCUUAAGACAUAGGUAACUUUUGGUCGUAGGGAAAUUAUUGCUUGUGACUGCAGUAACAUCCAGAUUCAUGCUUGCAAUCCAUUUUGCAGUAAAUAAAGGUUAUUGUUAUAUUGAAAUUGCUUCGUUUCACAUCCCAAUCUUUGUGAAAAAUCUAAUUGGCAGCCCCCUUUUAUUUGAUUUUGAGAAAUUUUUUUACAGCAAAUGCCUUCUCUUGCCACAAGUCACGACAUACAUUUUAGUUAGGCAAAGGAAUGAGUUUUGCUGCAGAUUUUGGCCAGAAAGUUAACUUUUAUGAGGUGCAGUUGUGAUCUUCACGGUUUGCCCUUUGUUUUACACUCAUAUACCUGAUCUCUGUGACAGGUAAAAAUAAUUUUGAAUACAUCGUUAUAAAAGGGUCAGCCAAUUAAAUGAAGGGUUGUGACUGUCCAUGUAAAUGCUGUAAAUGCAAAACAGUGUGUUGCAUGAUUGGAAUUUCUAUUUAUUAGU